UUAACUAACUUCUCCGACCUUCCUUGGCUUCGAUGGGCUAGACCCAACUUCAGCAGCAAGGCAAGGCAAGGCAAGGCAGGCCAGGCAGGGUUCAAGGGUCGACAGGCAGGAGGAGGAUCCUCUUCGUUCUCCGUCUGCUUCGCUGGCAUUCUUCGUCGUGCUCGUCCCGUCCUUGCAUGGUCAAGGGCGUCUUUUCCUGCUUUCUUCGCUCGUUACAUCAUAUCCCCCGAACAUGAAACAUGUCUCUACCGUUCCUCUCUGACUCUAUUCGACUCCCCAGCCUCUGCUCUGCUCCUCCGCGUCUCCAUCGCCCUCGCUACUGUCGUCAUCUCACCGUCUUUCCCCCCUUUUUUAUAUAUCCCCCUGUGCUAA